AUGCCGAGUAAUCAGAAGCGAAAACGUAAACGUACGUCGAGUCUGAACAGAACGCCGGCGAAAAAAGCGCGCAAGUCGAAGAAUCAUGCGCUGAAAACUGGAAAGAAAGACAAAAAACCCAUCAAAAAACCAGGUGAGAAGCGUUUACAAUUGAUUAUCUUUAGCAAUUUUUCAAUUUCAGAACAAAAAAAGCGUAAGUUUAACAAAAAGGUUGGAAAGAAGAGACGGAAGCUCUGCAAACGCAGGAAAGUCAAUCAUUUGCGGCAGAAAAUGGCCAGAACGGUACGAAUUGGUCUGAAAUUGAUGGGAAAUUAUGAAUUGAAUAUUUAGCUUGAAAGAGCAUUGGUCGAGGCGCCGACGGUCCCUCUCAUCUAUCAUCUUUUCACCGAAACCGAUUCGAUGGGCACUCCAAGUGAGCGAUUGCGAAACCAUUUGCCUAGAAAUCUUUUUUUUCCAGGGGCGCCUUUGAACCAAGUACUCAAGCAACUCAAGAUCUCAAACUAUGUCAAAAAUGUAAGCGCCUGCACUAUUCUCGUCUGAAUUCUAAUAAUUUUUCUCCAGUGCCAUACCCUCCGCGAUUCCCACAUGAUGUCCGUGAGCCAUCACUCCACACUUUUCGCCAUCGAACGGGACGAGCCGGACAAAGGGCUCUUUCUGAAGUAUUGGCCGAUUUACGACAAGGAAGCGGCCACAGUUUACGUGGAUAACCUUCCGGAAGGCUGUAGAGAAGAGAAGCUGAUGCGGCUGGCCAAUUGCUACGGAACGGUCGCCGAAGUGCGCAUUUCGAAGAAGAGUGCGCGAUGGAUCCGUCCGAGACAUAUUCCGAAAAAGAAGAAGAACCAACAACAGCAGCAACAACAAGAACAACCUGUCCGUCGGCAUAUUCACAGAAUUCCACCGAAGAAGAAGCCGCUGAUCAACGUGGGAUCGCGACCGCGUCAGUUCGGAUUCAUUCGGUUCGUCGACGCGGAUUCGGCCGUCAAAAUGGUCCAGGACUUCAUUGUCAACGAUCCCUCCGUUCCGUAUCAACGAUUCGACGAGGAACAACGGAAAGAACAGCAAAUUCUCAUCGAUGAUAUUCUCGAAUUCGGACCCGGAGAUCCCGAGAACCUUCAGCCGCCCGUGGUUCCGCAGGAGUUACCACGUCGGCGGCCGUGGUUCGAAUUGGCGACCGCUAAGUUGAUUCUCGAGAUUCGAUUUCUGAAGCAAAGGCGAAAGAGACGGCCGUUUCCGAUGUACGCGAGGCUCUGGAAGCUGAACCGACGGUGGAAGGAGCUGCGGAUUCGGGAGUACGGAUGUCUGCGAAAGGCGAAAUUGGUGCCGCCAAGAGUGAAGCAACGGAAAUUGAGGGUAACGAAUGCCGGAUUUGAGCGCAUAGCACUAACAUUUUUCAUAGCGUUUACAGGAAGCAGCGGCUGCAGUGGUCGGAGCUCCGCUUCCCGAGGAAGACGACGAAGAGCCGAGGAACAGAAGGGAUGAGCCCGGUUGCUCCUCGGACCCCUAUCCGGCCGAGACCUCGACGCCCCCGUGCUCUCCGGCUCCGGUCAAAAAACCGCCCGUCCGCCGGCACAACCACCACCAUCGGAAGCACAAAAAGAAGAAGUUCAAGCGGAAGAAGCCACCACCGCCGCCGCCAGAAGGGGAGAACGGAGAGCCGGCAGAGAAGGUGAAAAGAAGGAGGAGGCGGAAGAAGUUGAACAGAAAUCUGGCCAAGUACAUCCCGGGCGGCUCGGUGCGGCGAUAUUUCCAGCAGACGCAGGUGCUUUCGAUGAAGAGAUAUCUGGAGUUGAAGGCCGAGUAUCAGACGCUGAUUGAGCUCGAGAAGCAGAGAGUUCUGGACGAGGACGCCGAAGUUCCCGACUUUUUGGAUCUUUAA